AUGUUCCUUAUACAUUUACUUAUCUUAUUUACCUUCUUAUCUCUACUAACAUUAUUUAGUUUAUUCUCCCUGUACUUGCUUGCCCUAGGAUAUUUUGUAUGGUCGCCAAAAUUUCAAAGCUAUUUUAUAUUCGCGCAUUUUCUAAAUUUUCCACACAGGGUUGAGCUUGAUAAACCCGAAGUUUUCGGGUUGCAAGCGUUCUCCGCGCGUCAUAUUACCUUGACAACGCCCGACAAUUUAAAAUUAGGAGUAUGGCAUAUAUUAUCACGUCACAACCUAAGACGUAUGCUUCCUUCACUUCGCAUAGAAGCAUCAAAAGGUGAAUAUCAGCAUGACUCGUUAUUCGAUAAUGGAAUGAAAAAGGCUGAUUUAGUAAUAAUAUAUUUUCAUGGUCAAGUUGGGAAUCGCGGAAAAGAAAAUAGAGUCAUGACAUAUAAGGCAUUACGAGUAGCUCUUCCAACAGCUGAUAUUGUGACCUUUGAUUACCGAGGAUUUGGUGAUUCUGAGGGGUUUCCUUCCGAAGAAGGCGUUCUUAUUGAUUCAAGAGCUGUAUUUAAUUGGGUAAUUGAACGAGUCCCAGCAAAUAAAGUGAUUAUUUAUGGACAUUCACUUGGUUCUGGAAUAGCUACAAAGCUUGCUCGUCAACUUUCAGCUGAAGGAAUUAGACCCCUUGCUCUUAUUCUCGAAGCCCCUUUCACAUCCGUAGGAGACAUGAUGACUGCCUAUAGGAAAAUACCUUUCAUGAAACCUUUCUUGAAAUAUCCAAAGAUAUUAGAUUUUUUCCGAAAAUCUUUGGCCCAUCCUUUAAACAAUUCAGAAAACAUAAAGAAUAUUCACGACAUGCCGUUGCUGAUUUUACAUUCCCGUAAAGACAUGGAUAUACCUGCGUCAUUUUCGCAUUUAUUAUUUGAGCAAUAUCUUGCUUCGCAUAAAAGUGACGAUACAGUAUCAGCAACAACGACUGUUAUUGAAUUUGAACGGGAAGGCACGCUAUAUGCUCGAAAGGAUUUGAAAGCGUGGUAUUUACGAGUAUUGCAUGCAGAACACAAUAAUGUGCAUCAUUGGGAAUUUGUUGGCGAGAAAUUGCGAGAAUUCAUGGAAGAGGAAUGUGGAUUGAAGCUUAACAUAAGCGAUGACUUACAUACGAAUAUGGUAAAAGUAAUUGAGCAACCUGAAUAA